AUGGCGCGGGGCUCAGGCCCGGGACCCUCGCGCCCCGAGGCCUGCACUCUGGACCUGUUAGCCCCCCUGGAGGAGCCGCACAGGCCUCAGGGCCACCAUGGUAGCCAACUGGCCGGCCUGGGAGCUCUCUGGUCGGCGCAGGCCCCCAGCGGCCAGCAUGGACCAAAGACACCACCAAUUGGAAGUUCCGCUGUGAUUGGAGGCGCGGGCCUGGGCUCGGCGUUGAGUGGCCAAAGCGGCAGUCACUCCGAACGCUUUUGUUCGCAUGGAGAAGGUAAAUACUACAGUGAGGAGGCUGAAGUGGACCUGCGGGACCCUGGCAGAGACUAUGAACUGUACAAGUACACAUGCCAGGAGUUACAGAGGCUCAUGGCUGAGAUCCAGGACUUGAAGAGCAGAGGAGGCAAGGAUGUGGCAGUUGAGAUAGAAGAUCGGAGGAUCCAGAGCUGUGUGCAUUUCAUGACUCUAAAGAAGCUUAAUCGAUUAGCCCACAUCAGGUUGAAGAAAGGAAGAGAUCAGACCCAUGAGGCCAAGCAGAAAGUAGACGCCUAUCACCUGCAGCUGCAGAACCUGUUGUAUGAGGUGAUGCACCUGCAGAAAGAGAUCACCAAAUGUCUGGAGUUUAAGUCAAAGCAUGAAGAAAUUGAUCUGGUCAGUUUAGAGGAAUUUUAUAAGGAGGCUCCUCCAGAUAUUAGCAAAGCUGAAGUCACCAUGGGAGACCCUCACCAGCAAACCCUUGCACGUCUGGACUGGGAGCUGGAACAGCGGAAAAGGCUGGCAGAGAAGUACCGGGAGUGCCUGUCCAACAAGGAGAAGAUCCUUAAGGAGAUUGAGGUGAAGAAGGAGUACCUAAGCAGCCUCCAGCCUCGCCUCAAUAGCAUCAUGCAGGCUUCCCUCCCCGUGCAAGAGUACCUGUUCAUGCCGUUCGACCAGGCUCACAAGCAAUAUGAGACAGCUAGACACCUGCCACCUCCCCUCUAUGUCCUCUUUGUCCAAGCCACUGCAUAUGGGCAGGCCUGUGCUCAUAUGAAAUCCUCCCAGCCCCCUAGACAGGAUAAGACCUUGUCUGUGGCAAUUGAAGGCAGUGUGGACGAAGCCAAGGCUCUGUUUAAGCCUCCUGAAGACUCCCAAGAUGACGAGAGCGACUCGGAUGCUGAGGAGGAACAGACCACGAAACGCCGGCGACCCACACUGGGAGUUCAGUUGGAUGACAAACGCAAGGAGAUGCUGAAGAGGCACCCACUAUCUGUCAUGCUGGACCUGAAGUGCAAAGAUGACAGCGUACUUCACCUGACUUUCUACUACCUCAUGAACCUCAACAUCAUGACGGUAAAAGCCAAAGUGACAACCGCCACGGAGCUGAUCACCCCCAUCAGUGCAGGUGACUUGCUGUCUCCUGACUCAGUCCUGAGCUGUUUGUAUCCAGGGGACCAUGGAAAGAAAACUCCAAAUCCAGCCAAUCAGUAUCAGUUUGAUAAAGUUGGCAUCCUGACUUUGAGAGACUACGUACUUGACCUAGGUCACCCCUAUUUGUGGGUACAAAAGCUGGGUGGCCUCCACUUCCCCAAAGAGCAGCCCCAGGUGUGUACACUGACCCAUUCUCCUUGGCUGAGGAUCUCUACUUCCUCAUCUCCUGUACAGACUCCAGAAAGGCUUCUGAUGGCCUUUGGGGGCUUUAAAUUAUCAGAAUGCUUUCCCUUCAGGCUAUGA